UCACAACGAAAAUCAUCCAUCCUCAUCUUCCAUCCACGGUGUACCCUCAAUCCCCGGAAUAGAAUGAUCCCUAUUUACUAUAUACUAACGAUGACAUUUCAGGGUUAAAUUAUGCGCUUGCUUUAAGUGCAUCAAAAACGCCAACACAACGACGAUGUCGUCGACCUCGAGGGCUCGGCUGAGAACUUGGCCAACGUUCGGUUGCUUCAGGACGUGACCACCGAUAAGGACACGGUGGAUGAGAUUUUCAAGCUGGUGGAUGACAAUGCCAGCCAAAACGAUGCAUUGGAGCCAAUAGAACCCCCCAAGAAAGUGAUCAAAUCGGAGUUUUUUCGCCAGAAGGAAGGGAUGGGUGGGUUAGUUGGCAGAGAGAAUUCUAUUGACUGGCCCCCAUUUUGGAAAGAGAAAAGUGAUGGGUCUUUUGUCAAUAUGUUGAUGAAUUUCCAUACAAAAAAAACAACCAGAGCCUCUAAAUGGUGGGAUCUUUGUAGAUGAUAUGGCUUUGGGUAAGACUCUAACUUUGGCUUCCUUGAUUGCUUUUGAAAAAUAUGGUAGUGGCAAUGGCAACAGUGCUAGUGCAGAUGAAAGCAUACCGUAUGAUAAUGAAAUGGGAGAGGAUAGCAGUGAGAAGGAAGAAUUUAUGAGUGUAACUGAUAAGGGUCACCAAAAUUGGGGUAAAGUAACUGGUGAAUACCUUCAUUUCCCUAGGGGUGGAACUCAAUUUAAGAAUGGUGCUCUUCACAAUAAUGAUUUUAUUCAAAAAUCUCUUCCUGAACGCGUGAUAUUGGAUGUUGGGUGUGGUAACCUGCCUUUAGAGCUUAAUCAUGUCUUGCGAUCUGGAGGUUACUUUGUGUGGUCUGCAACUCUAAUUUACCAAAACCUUCCUGACGAUGUUGGCAUCUGGAAAGUGAUGUCUGAACUAAUACAGUCAAAUUGCUGGGAUUUGGUGAUGAUUAGAAACGAUAAGCUCAAUCAAGUCACUGAUGCUAUCUAUAGAAAACCAUCUACCAAUGAGUGCUAUACUGAAAGAGCACAAAAUCAGCCUCCUCUUUGCAUGUUCAUUGAAAUGUCAAAGGUAGAAGGGUUCUCCCACUAUUCAAGGGUUAUUCCUCAAGUGUUCAGUUCUCAGUUUCGUGACUUUAUCUUGUUGAAUGUAAAUCCUUGUCAGCCAACAACUUCUGCACAAAUGUUUUCUUUGAGGUUUGUCACUGUGAUGAUUUGCUUUCCUAUUCAAAAGGUAAAACCCACCUCCAUUAUUUAUGGAAUGACUCGCAGAAAUUUAACCCAUGCUGCUCUACCUAGUGUUUUUUGGUAUGUUCAAAUGUGCAAGGGCAUAAAUCUGUUACAGACCCAUGGUACAAUAAUCAUUACAAUUGAAAUGGGUGUCAUAUCUGGGAAUAUAAUUAGAGCAGUCUUUCAGCCAAGAAGUUUUUCUAUUGAAGAAGCUAUUGAUGUUCUCCAAAUCAAUCUUGCUUUCUCAAAUGAGGCUCUUCUACUUAUCCUGUUGUCCUCAAAUUCUAAUUCUCAUGUGAGUGUUCAUCUAUGUGCACCACUACAUGCUUGGCAACUUACUACAGAUGAUGGAUACUUGCAAUUGGAUUAUAAAUUGGGAUGUGAUCUUAUGACUAUGGACAAUAAGAGCGACUUGGUUCUGUAUACUGGAUAUCAGACUCCAUAG